GCCCGCCCCCGCGUGGGGCCCGCCCGCCCCCGCCGGGAUCCCGCGCCGUGGCCUCUGGGCGGAGGCGGUCGGGCCGGCCGAAGCUUUCGCCGCCGCGUCCGGGCGGCAUCGCGCGCACAAAAGCGGAGGGCGUGUGCGGCGGCCCGGCUGCCCCACGAGAGCCCCCAAGUUUCCGGGGCCGGUAACGGGGCCUUUUCCGGGCGGCGGGAGCGGGGGAGGGGAGGGGAGGGCGGGCCGGGGCGCGGCCCCGCAGGCUCCCUCCGGCUGGAGCCGCCUGUGCCGCGGCGGGGACCGCGCUCGGUGUGGAGGCGGCGGCAGCUGCCGUCCCCGCGCGGCCGCGGGUGUGACACGAGCGGGCACCGGGCGGUGGGGGUGACCCGGCUGACUGGCAGCUUGUUGUGGUGACGUCAGCCGCGCGCGCGGGAGCCGGGCCGCGGCGCUGAGCUCCUGCGGAAGCAGCUCCCGGCGCUGGUAACGUCCGAGCCGCGAGCGGGGCAGAAACUGCCCUUGGGAGCGCGGCCCGAAACUUCUCAUUCUGUUGGGUUUUACCGGUGCGGCCUUCUCGGGCCGGGGCCGCGCGGACCGGCGGUGUAGCAGAGAGCGCGGGUUUGGUUUAAAACGAACUCUUAAGCGCGAUCGGCACCGUGUGGCCCAGCAGCCCCUACCUUAGACUGAAAAUUACCCAGCUUUGAUUUACACAGUACCUAAAGCUUCUUUGCCGGGAAGCCCAUUCCGUCUGCGGUGAGAGGAACCUCGAGACUACUUCGCUAUGGCAGCCAUUCGAAAAAAGCUGGUUAUAGUGGGAGAUGGUGCCUGUGGGAAGACCUGUCUGCUGAUUGUGUUUAGCAAAGACCAGUUCCCUGAAGUGUAUGUUCCCACCGUCUUUGAAAAUUACGUAGCAGAUAUUGAAGUGGAUGGAAAGCAGGUUGAGUUGGCUCUGUGGGAUACAGCAGGACAAGAAGACUAUGAUCGACUUAGACCGCUUUCUUAUCCAGAUACUGAUGUUAUACUUAUGUGUUUUUCAAUUGAUAGUCCUGAUAGUUUAGAAAACAUCCCAGAGAAGUGGACCCCGGAGGUGAAGCAUUUCUGCCCCAACGUGCCUAUCAUCUUGGUAGGAAACAAGAAGGACCUGAGGAAUGACGAACACACAAGACGAGAGCUGGCCAAAAUGAAGCAGGAGCCUGUCAAACCCGAAGAAGGAAGAGAUAUGGCAAACCGCAUCGGUGCUUUUGGGUAUAUGGAGUGUUCGGCAAAGACCAAAGACGGUGUGAGGGAGGUUUUUGAAAUGGCCACUAGAGCUGCUUUGCAAGCCCGGCGUGGCAAGAAAAAGUCCGGGUGCCUUCUCUUAUAAAGUGUGGCCAGAGGAAGAUGGCCAAAGCAGCACCCUGCACUUGAGUAAUUUUGAAGUGCUGUUUAUUAAUCUUAGUGUAUGAUUACUGGCCUUUUUCAUUAUCUAUAAUUUACUUAAGAGAUUUAAAAAUCGAGUCAUCUUGCUACCAGUAUUUAGAAGCCAACCAUGAUUUUUAUAACAAUCUGCAUCAAAUUCAUCUGUGCACCCAAGGUUAACCUCAACAUUCCUCUAACAAACCUUUUCUGCACUCACAGGAUAUGCCAGGCGCUAAUUGAAGACAAUUCUGUCUUUCUUCUCUCUAGAGAGAAAAAGCUGUCAACACAGAGGAUUGGUCUGUAACUACUUUAUAACUAACGUCCUAUGCUAAUUGAGUACAACAGUUACAUGGCUGUUUGUGGAAUCAAGUGUAGCUUCAGUGCUAUCACAUUUAGGAAGAUCUGGUUUUCAUGGCUCAGUGGUGUAAAACAUUAGUUUGAAAAUGUGAUCACUCUGAAAUGACCAAGUCCCAUUCAGCUAAGGAAAAGUGAGGGUUCUGUGGUUUCAUGUUAGUUACUUUUUAGCUACUGUGUAAUUAGUGCCAGUUUAAAUGUAUGUUACCAAAAAUAAAUCUAUUUACCCCAGCUUAGAUGUAGUAUUUUUUGUAUAAUUGGAUUUCCUAAUACUGUUACUUGUAACCUCUGCGUUAAGGUGUUAUGGGUUUUUUAAGAAACUGUAUUUGAAAAUAAAGUCCGAUGGAAAGCAGCUGAUCCUCUUCCCCUGUUCAUUUAUAAGAGUCUGACCCAUGUGAAUGGUUUGAGUGGUCUGCACACCCAGGAGGAGUUUUUUCCAUGACGUGCCGUAGGGAUGAGAAAAGACAGCCUGCUCACACUCAAAGCUUCUGAACUGUUCAGUUGCCUUAAGUUCAUUGCUGGACCCAGUUUCAAAACUAAAAAAGAAACAACAAGUGAAACUUUUUGUGUAAGUUUGGUUACCAUGUAGUGAUCAGACUCCUAACCUGUGAACUUCUUGCUGUUCUGCAGCCAACUAAACUCUUUCUGUAUUUUCAUUUUUCCAACAACUAAUAGAAUAAAGGCAGUUUUCUAAGCUCCCUGUA